GGGCACGCUCGCGGCUCUGGCUGUCGCUGCAGCGGGGUCGGCAGCUGCGUACGUGGCGCUCGACCCAGGCGAGGAAAGCACCGCGGAUGAAUUCUUUGAUGCGGAUAACUCUCCCUACAGAGACGAAUUCUCGGAUAGCUGGGAUGACCUUCCUUCGGCUGCGGUUGUGAUGUCUCGUGCUGCUGAUAAUGAUGGAUCCGAGCUUGAGCCGCCUGCAAUUACUGCUUCCCCAUUGUUGGAUGAGGCCGAGAUCGCCGAUGUGAAGGCCGCAUCAACAUCACCGAACGCGGAGGCAGCUCCUGACUUGAUCCCUCUGGAGACGGCCGAUAGCACUCGAUCGACAGAUGUCGGACCAGAUCCGACUCCUCUACGAGAGAACCUUCUUAAUGUUGUUGAAGAUCUGGCUGAACGCGGACAAUCAUUAUCUGAAGCUAUGUCAGUUGUCUUGCCGGAAGUCACCCUGGAAGAAGUCGAGCUGCUUUCCGAGAAUGAGCCCCUUGAGAGCACGGAAACUCCCGCCGAGCCCGAGCUGCUACUUCCGGAGCCUGAGAAGAUUGCCCUACCAGAUAUGUCUUCAGAAGAGAUCGAGCUUCUGGCGGAAGAGACAAGCCCCGACAUUGCACAGAUGGACUCUGCGACCCAGCCAGCCAUUGAGGCGGGGACCUCGGAAGUUGACACAGUCGUUGAUGUCUCAGAAGUCAAACUGUCCAAGAAGGCCAAGAAGAACAAGAAGAAGAAGCAGGAACAAGCUUUGGCCCAGGUUGAGCAGGAGACUUCUGGAACUUCCCAAGUGGUUGACACCAGGACUAUUGUCGUGCCUCCAAAUGACACACCAACAGGAGAUCAGCUGCGUGAACUUGUCGCAGGUUCGCAAGCAGCUGAGCCCAGAGAGGUCACCCUCGCAGACCCCCCAAAGCUUUCUGAACCUGCCCUAGAUACCCCUCUGACCGAGGAAGCUGUCGGUGAAGUGCCUCAACCGGUCCCAGAACAUGCGAUUGUUCAUAUUGACCACCCACUAUCGGAAAUAACCACCGGGAACACUAUCUCCUCCAAUGAGCCCGCCGAAGCCUCAAGCCCUGCACCUGUCAAGCUGUCGAAGAAGGAGCUGAAGCGCCGGAAG